GUGCGUAGCCAGGGCGUCACAGAGGAGCUGAAGUGCCUGAGUUUGCUCAACGCUCUGGACAAAGACCAGGACAUCCCAGACCAGCUGGCCCAGCUCUUCGGAGAGCCCUGCAUCAAACUGGCCGAGGGCAUCAAAGCUUAUAUCUCCAAGGUGACAGAGAACAUCAUCUCCAAACAAACCUUCAUAGAGGCGAGAACCAUGCCUCGCUCUUUCAACAACUCGGGGUCAAAGUUCAUGACCUCGGUGGCCCAGAGGCCGUCGGCCCACUUGACCCUCAGAGAAACCAGCCCUCCAGUGGGGUCCUCUCCCUACCUGGGUCUCCACCAGUCUUGUCGCCACGUCGUCCGCUCGUGGGCGAAUCAGAGCUUCGGAGCUCACCUGCACAACAUGACCCUGUCCAAUGGGAAGCUGCGAGUGCCUCAGGAUGGGCGGUACUACCUGUACUCACAGGUGUAUUUCCGUUACCCCUCCCCAGCAGCCAAUGACGGAGACCAGCGCAGCGUGAGCCACCAGCUGGUGCAGUGUGUCUACAAGAAAACCUCCUACCCGAGCCCCAUACAGCUGCUGAAGGGGGUAGGAACCAAAUGCUGGGCUCCGGACGCCGAGUACGCCCUGCACUCCGUCUACCAGGGAGGACUGUUCGAGCUGAGGGCCGGCGACGAGCUCUUCGUCUCCGUCUCGUCCCCCACCAUGGUCAACGCCGACGAUUCCUCCAGCUACUUCGGCGCCUUCCGCCUGGACCUCUGAGGGGGAAGGGAGAGGAGAGAAAAAACAGAAGAGAUGAUGGAUGGAUAAACGUGUGGGCUUGAGACAAUGUGCUAGAGGCCUUUUGAAAAUCCGCUGAUUGGAAAUAAAGACACAAGUGUGGGAUGUGGGCCGGGAUCUUGGAUCUACGAUGUUUGCAUCAACAGAUUCAAUGAAGGAUGGAAGGAUUAAUGUUUGACGAAGAGGAGGAGGAGGAGGAGGGGGGGGGGGGUGAUAGAAAAAAAAGAAAAUAAUUUGUCUUCCUAACUCUCUGUGAAGAGAGACCCAACAAUCAAGAGAGCGAGAAACACAGAGAUACAGGUGCAACCACGUGAAAACAAAUAAGGAUUUUGAUUUAUUGAUAUUUGAGGAGGACAAACAUCCAAUUUCCCAAUUUGUUGAGAAUCGCCCCAAAACACUUCAACCACCCCCCCCUUCCCCCUUCCCCCUCCCCCCCCCGGCUGCCUGUAUCGCAAAUUAACACACGAACCCCGAUGUCUCUCGCUCAUCAACAGCCUUUUUCAUGGAAAGCAAUCGAACCCUAACAUUUGGAUUGCAGACCGAAGAAUGUACACAAACUAAAAACUUGAUCCCGUCGCAUUCCGAGAUGUGAGGAAAGACUGUGGCAGAAGAAAAUCACACGAUCAAACCAAAAAUCAAAAAAACGUGGAGUGUAACUUUUUUUUAAGCGUGCCGUGAGAGGACUGUACAUACGUGUGACUGAGAACGAGGUGCAGACAACGAACUGCGGUGAUUUAAAGUGACUCUCGUGUGCCUUGAACGGGACUUAACAGAAACCACUGGGGGAGUUUACGGAGGAUUAUCGACACGCAACACGAGGAGUGUGGAUUUUAAGGAUGAGGGGACGUCACGCUGCCUCUUUGAACUGUGAGAGGCAGCGAGGAGAGUUUCUGAGUCUGCAAGGGAAGCAGAAAAGAAAACAAGGAGGAGGAAGAGAGGGAAUGAGCCUGGCAGAGGAAGAUGAGAGCAAAAGAGAGAGAGAGAGAUAGAGAGUGGUAUGCAGCCUGACCAGUCUGUGUUGUUGCAGUUGUCUCUCUUUCACUUUGCCUCGUGCUCUUUUCUCCUCCUCCUCUUCUUUUUUUUUUUUUUUCGCAGAAAGAAUUUUCAAAUCAAUGUCGUCUUUCCUGUCGAACCUGCGAAGCUGCACUCUCACGUGUCAACGAGGUGACAUAAACAUUCAAAUGAGUUUGACGGACAAACUCUGACAGUGGAUGAUGGUUGAUUUGUUUUAAAAGACGGUGUUUCAUCAUUGAAAAUGUGUGUGAAGUUUUCAGACACUAAAACAACAAACGUCUUCCAAAGUGCAGAUUUUCAGGAACUCUGGUUUCUGCAGACCUGUGUGCACAUGUCAGGAUUAAUGAGCGUGCACCAGAAACAGCAACGGCAAGAAUGGCGACCUUUGUGCUAAGCUAGCUUUCUUCUGGCCAUAUAGCUUCAUUUAAAGUAAAUAAAUUUAUGACCGCAGUAUCAAUCCUGUGAAGAACAUUUCUCCAAAUGCCUUAAAUGCUCAACCACCAGCUCGUUAUAAAGUGCCUCUCACACGUGCUUUAACGUUAAAACCACUGUAAACUUCAUAAGUUUGUAAAACUCGUGGUCGGGUCGUAUCUUCAGAAACAGCUGCACCUGCAACAUGUCUGCCGCUCACCUGGAAGCACUACAAGGCCCGAACACGCCCAUGUGCUGCAAACAUGGAACAUUAAGUCCAUCGGCAACAAGAUAACACAGACGAGACACGGAACAGAUUUAGUACGAAGAUGCACAUGAAGAAAGAUUUGAAGGGGGAAGUUUAUCUGCAGACAUAAACCACACCAGCACGGACUCAGCCCCUACACGCCCUUUUUCUUCCCUUCCUCUGGCACGCACACGUGAGCGCACAUGUAUGCACGUUCAGCAGAUAACACGCAUCAUAUCACACCACGUCCAGGGUACAUCAUACAUCAGCCGGUGUCAUAUCCUGUGCAGGGAGACAAAUAAACCCCCUGUGCCAUAUGAUAGUGUUCAGUGAUCCCGUGGAGGCGUGCAGGGAGUGUGUGUGUGUGAUUGUGUGAUUGUGUGAGUGUGUGUGUGUGUGUGUGUGUUUGCUCAAAGGGCUCGGUUCACACGAACACCUCAGAAAUCGAGGUCAGACUGAUCCACGCACACCUUUCUUUGUUUGUGUUCGAAACCUUCAACUUUGAAAGAGCAGCUGGUUAAUUGGUUUUUAAUCGGGCGACAUCCAGGCUCAGCCGCUCCUCCUGCAGCUGCGGUUCACUUUUACCUGCGUCCGCUCACGUUGCACGGUUUGUUGUGGAAGUUGUGAAAACACGCACCGUUUGUUUUUUGUGCUCAAAGAACAAAAUUGAAGACAAAUUUCAUUUUGUAUUUGAUUGCUGUCUUAGCUGCUUUUUAUUUGUGUAAGUCGCUGGGUGGCGUGCACCUGGUCAUGUUUCUGUUGGGCCUCCUUUCAAGCCCGUUCGACGCUGCGUCACUCACACCGAGCUCCCCGUGAACCCCCCCCCCCCUUCCCCCCCGAGUCUUAAUCUCUUCAUUUUCCAGACCAACGCUCGUACGGGCCUUUUUCUUUUCCUUUGCACUCCAACCAAAACAGGUCCAGCAAACAUGACAAAGCAGCAUAAAUCCCUGGACCAGCGGGAAAACUCUGCGAUGAAUGUGCAUGAGCAGAGUUUGGACCGGACAGUUUUGUAGCUGUGAAUAUGUGUAGCACAUUGUUGCAAAGAAAAUAAACAAAUAUCUGAACCUUU